AUGGCUUUCUCAGCUCCGCCCGUACGGGCUUCUUUCCGCGGCUUCCUCUUCGACAUGGAUGGCACGAUCAUAGAUUCAACAAAUGCCGUUGUGAAGCAUUGGCAUGACGUGGGAAAAGAAAUCGGUGUUGCGCCAGAGGUCAUCCUCGAGACGUCUCACGGCCGGAGGAGUAUAGACAUCCUCAAAAUCUUGGCGCCUGAGAAGGCGAACUGGGAGUAUGUAAAGCAUAUGGAAGGUCUUCUCCCAAAAUAUCAUGGAGACGAUGCAUCCGAGAUUCCGGGCGCCCGUGCACUCCUCAAAGAAAUCGGCGAUCGCCACAUUCCUUGGGCCAUUGUCACGUCAGGAACCGUUCCUCUUGUACACGGAUGGCUCCAGGUACUCGGUCUGCCCAACCCAGAACACCUUGUGACUGCCGAGAGCGUCCAGAAUGGGAAACCCGACCCGGCGUGCUAUAUCAUGGGUCUGGAGCGGAUAGGCCUCGAUAGCGAUAACCAGAAUACGAAUGUGCUCGUGCUGGAGGACUCCCCCGCGGGCAUCAAGGCCGGCAAGGCGGCCGGGUGCAAGGUCUUGGGGCUCGUGACGAGCCAUACCGCAGAACAGGUCAGAGCCGCCGAGCCCGAUUGGAUCGUCAAGGACCUGGACUCGGUCAAGAUCGUCGAGUUCAAGGACGGACUGGUGACGUUGGAAUUCUCGAACGGGUUGGUAGAGCUGGCCCAGGUGAACGGCGACAGCACGGGGGCUCAAUGA